AUGACAAUUGAAUCAAAUUUAGAAACCAAUAGAUCUGAAGAAUUAGACAAUUUAUUGACCAAAUUAAAACCUCGGUUACUUGCCUAUAUUGAUGAAGCAGACCCUAAAUCAUCCAAUUAUAAACCGGAAUCCUUAGGUACUUUCCAUGAACCAAAAUUUUUAAAACAACAAUUUAUUGAUCCAGAUAAUGAUUUAGAUACACCAUGCACUGAAGAAGAAUUAUUUGAAACUAUUGAUAAGGUCUUGAAAUUUUCAGUAAAUACUUGGAAUCCAGGUUUUUUAGACAAAUUAUAUGCGUCAAAUAAUCCUAUUGGGGUAAUUUCUGAUAUAUUAUUGAGUAUUUUAAAUACCAAUUCUCAUGUUUAUACUGUUUCACCAGUUUUAUCAGUGCUUGAGAAUUAUAUUGGUAAAAAAUAUGCUCAAUUAUUUUUCCAUAAUGAAACUUGUGGAGGUUUAACUUUUAGUGGUGGUUCUUGGUCCAAUAUCACCAGUUUACAAAUUGCCAGAUCUUUAAAAUACCCUGAUACUAAAGUCAAAGGGAAUGGUGAUUACAAGUUUGCAUUAUAUACCAGUAAACAUUGUCAUUAUUCUGUUGAAAAAGGAGCUAUUUUAUUGGGGUUAGGAUCAGAAAAUGUAUUUAAAGUUGAUGUUGAUGAAAAUGGGGUAAUGGAUGUUAAUUCUUUGAAACAAGUUAUUGAAAGAACCAAGAAAGAAGGAUAUACCCCAUUAUAUAUAAAUGCCACUGCCGGUACUACUGUAUUUGGGUCUUAUGAUCCGUUCUUGGAAAUUAGUAAAGUUGCUAAAGAACAUAAUAUCCAUUUCCAUAUCGAUGGGUCUUGGGGUGGCAAUGUUAUUUUUUCACCAAAAUAUAGAAACAGAUUAGCUGGAAGUGAAUAUGCUGAUUCCAUUACUGUUAAUCCACAUAAAAUGUUGGGGAUUCCAAAUACUUGUUCGUUUUUGUUAUUACCUCAAGUGGCUAAUUUCCAAACCGCCAUGUCAUUGAAAGCUCCAUAUUUGUUUCAUGGACGUGAACUGGGUUCUGAUGAAAAUUAUGAUCUUGCUGAUGGUACCAUGGGGUGUGGUAGAAGAAGUGAUGCUUUCAAGUUUUAUUUGGGUUGGUUAUAUUAUGGUGAGCAAGGCUUUGCCAAACGUGUUGAGCAUGCUUAUUCUAUUAUGGAAUAUUUUGUUCAAUCAAUUGAAUCAAAUCCAAAUUUUGAAAUUGUUGGUCCUCAAUCACCACAAUGUCUUCAGGUUUGUUUUUAUUAUCAUCCUACAACAGUGAACAAAUCAAAUACGGAAAUAACAAGAUAUGUCUCGAGAGAAUUGCACAAAUUAGGGAAAUAUUUAGUUGAUUUUAGUCCUAACCCUGUUGACGAUACUCAAGGUGAAUUUUUCCGGGUGGUGUUCAAUUCUCCUAUUUUGAGUGAUAAAAUUGUUGACGAGUUGAUUGCCUCAAUAAUCAGUGUUGGCAGAGAAUUAGAGUAA